CAUAGGCAACCAAGUUAACUGAGUGUUUGGCUGGUGUUGACCAGUGUUGACGUCUCCGGAUGGUAUCUGGAUUAAAAACUCUUAUAAUUAGUGCACAAUUAAAUAGACAAAUUAAUAAAGUGUUCUUUGUGCUUUAAUUAAUUUACUCUAACUUAAUACACAUAAUAAGAACUAAAUGAGUAUAGUUUAAUCAGUGAUCCGUACUUAUUUCUAUCAUAACCUCACUCCAAAGUUGCGACUUGGUAACUGCUCAAUAUGAGCAAGUACGGCAAGAGAGGCCCUGGGCCUGUGCCGAAUCGGUGGCUUCGAUGCCCCCGCAAGUCCAAUGGUGUUAUUAUAAACAAAUUUCUUGCAUUCAAAGCACCGCUCAGCGAGGAAUUCAAUGAGCAAGUACCACAAGAAUACAGGUUUCAUCCAGAGAUGCUGAUUGAUAUUUGCAAAUCAAAAAAGAUUAAACUUGGUUUGUGGAUAGACUUAACAAAUACAAAACGCUUCUACAAGGAGAGCUCAGUUAAGGAAGCUGACAUUACUUACAUGAAGAUGCCAUGCAGAGGUCAUGGAGAGACACCAUCAAAAGAACAGACAGAGGAUUUUAUUAAUGUUGUAUCAACUUUUAUUGAACAGCAUCCACUGCAUAGUAUAGGAGUGCAUUGUACACAUGGUUUUAAUAGGACUGGUUUUUUAAUUGUUUCUUAUUUGGUGGAGAAGGAGGAUUGUAGUUUACCAAUUGCACUGCAAAUGUUUGCAAAGGUGCGGCCGCCUGGUAUUUAUAAAAAGGAUUAUUUAGAGGAGUUGUAUGCUAGGUAUGAUGAUCCUGAAGAUACUCCACCACCACCCAUACUUCCAGAUUGGUGUUAUGAAGAGGACGAGGAAAAAAGUACUGAUAACGACAGUUUCCCAAGUUUUGAUAUGCCUAAUUCAUCGAAUAAUUCUGGUGUUAGUAGUUCCUCUCAACCGCCGAAAAAUAAUAUUCGAAAUUCGAAUGCCAAGCGGGUUCAAUUUAUGGAAGGUGUUCCGGGUGUUUAUCAUUUUACCGAGCAACCCAAGGCACAUGCAUUACAAAGACAAGUUCAAGCUAUGUGCGGAUGGAAAUCGAAAGGUUUUCCUGGAUCUCAACCAAUUUCGAUGGAUGUGGAUAAUAUCAAACUGCUUAGUCAAAAACCAUAUCGCGUGUCCUGGAAAGCCGAUGGAAUGCGUUACAUGAUGCUGAUCGAUGGCGAAAACGAUAUUUAUUUCUUUGAUCGUGAUCACAAUAUUUUCUUUGUGGAGGGAAUAAGGUUUCCGCGCAGGAAAGAUUUACAUGCUCAUCUUAAAAACACCCUUAUUGAUGGUGAAAUGGUAAUAGACAAAGUCCAAGGAGAAAGCAUCCCUCGAUAUUUAGCGUAUGACAUAAUUAAAUUUGAAUCGCAAGAUGUAGGAAAAAUGGCCUUCUAUCCGAUUCGGUUGCAUUGCCUUGAAAAUGAAAUCAUCAAACCUCGAUAUGCCGCAAUGGAGCAGGGCAUAAUCAACAAGGCUUCUGAACCGUUUAGCAUACGACAUAAACAGUUUUGGGAUCUUACCCAGGCUGGUAGUUUAUUAGGACAAAAAUUUGCAGCUACUCUCUCGCACGAGCCAGACGGUCUUAUCUUCCAACCAUCCAAGGAACCCUACGUUGCUGGAAGGUGCGAUGAUGUUUUAAAGUGGAAACCUUUAGAUAUGAACUCUGUCGAUUUCCGAUUAAAAAUCGUUAAAAUUGAAGGCACUGGUAUUGUAUCCAAGAAAGUUGGACAUUUAUUUGUUGGAAAACGGGAUGGUCCGUUUGCUUCUAUGAAGUAUACUAAGGAGUUAAAAGAUUUAGAUGGAAAGAUUAUUGAAUGCAAGUUUGAGGACCAACAGUGGAAGUUUAUGCGCGAACGUACUGAUAAAAGCUUUCCAAACUCUGUGACUACAGCUGAAGCUGUUUGUGGUUCAAUUCUACAUCCAGUCACAAAAGAAUCACUUCUGAACUACAUCGCACGCCAUAAAUUCGAAGACGACAGCAAAAUGAUGCCUCCGCCGAGCAAGAAAGUUCGACGGUAACAAUGACCAACCCAAAUUAGUUACUGGAAUUAAUGAAUGGGUGGUACAGUUGAAAUGGUUAUUUAGUGUAAAUUUAAUUGAGAAGUUUGAUUGGGAAGCGCUCCUUUUUUCACAUUUUAUUUAUUUAUUAAAAAACAUUCAAUCAUGGUAAAGUUCGAAACACUUCGAAAUGAUUUAUUAGUUUUCCACAAGUAAUUAUGAAACAGAAAUUAAAAAUAAAUACCUUAGUUAAUACUUAAAUACAA